GUACCGCUCGGCUGUGUCAGUUUUCGGGUCGCGAGCGCAGACGGCGCCGCUCGGUGAACGUUAAGGUUAGCUAACGUUCAGGACGCGCAGACGUUACACCCAGGAAGCACGCCGGCUGCUUCUUUUCAUUUAAGGGCGAGUUUUCCAUUUAGCCGAGGGUCUGGGUCCGACACCUGUCCGGGUCCCCGGGUCCGUAUUUGGGUGCGCGGACUUUUCCCCGCCGGGCGGAGGGGCGGAGGGGCGGAGCGGAGCGGCAGCGUGUCUCCCAUGGCUACGCCAAGCUUUCCCCACCGGGGCUCCGCGUCCGCGGCCAGCCGGCGCUCACACGCUUAAGCCCGGUGUCAGACACCCAUCACACCGGGAUCGGUUCUAGUCCAGCGAUCCAAACGGGCACGCGGGAGGGGGUGCGCUCCGAGUCGGAAGAAGCCGCUCCAGGAGUCGUGACGUCGCCCGGAGCUGCAGCUCUGACAUGACGAGGCUCGCUGGACGGAACCGUGCCCAGACUGCGGGCUGCUCGUAGGGACGGUGCCGCUGUGAAGAGCCGCGGAGCCGUUUCGGUGGAAGCUCGUGGUCGGAGCAAGUGCCUGGACAACAUGACUGUUUUCAACCAGGAAAAUGUUGAGGACUAUUAUGAAAUUGGGGACGAGCUGGGGAGCGGCCAGUUUGCUGUGGUCAGAAGAUGUCGACAGAAGAGUACAGGCGUGGAGUUUGCUGCCAAAUUCAUCAAGAAGCGCCGCAGCAAGUCGAGUCGACGUGGGGUGACAAGGGACGAUAUCGAGCGUGAGGUCAAUAUACUGAAGGAGAUCCAACACCCAAACAUCAUCGCACUGCAUGAGGUCUUUGAAAACAAAGCAGAAGUCAUCCUGAUCCUGGAGCUUGUGGCUGGCGGUGAGCUCUUUGACUUCCUCGCAGAAAAGGAGUCGCUGAGCGAAGAGGAGGCCACGCAGUUUCUCAAGCAGAUCCUGGAUGGAGUCUUCUACCUGCACUCCAAACAAAUCGCUCACUUUGACCUUAAGCCGGAGAACAUAAUGCUGCUGAGCCGCUCGGUGCCUCACCCACGCAUCAAACUCAUUGACUUUGGCCUGGCCCACAAGAUAGAUUUUGGAAAUGACUUUAAAAACAUUUUUGGAACUCCAGAGUUUGUCGCUCCAGAAGUGGUCAACUAUGAGCCUUUAGGCCUGGAGGCAGACAUGUGGAGUGUUGGUGUGAUCACAUACAUUCUGCUCAGCGGGGCCUCUCCGUUCCUGGGCGACAACAAGCAGGAGACGCUGGCAAACGUGUCAGCCGUCGACUACACCUUCGACGAGGAAUUCUUUAGCAACACCAGCGUCCUGGCCAAAGAUUUCAUAGCAAGGCUUCUCGUCAAAGACCCCAAAAAGAGAAUGACAAUUCAGGACAGCCUCCAGCAUCCCUGGAUCAAGCCAAAAGACACUCAACAAGCUCUGAGCCGAAAGGAGUCCGCUGUCAACAUGGAAAAGUUCAAGAAGUUUGCAGCUCGAAGAAAAUGGAAACAAUCCGUCCGUCUCAUCUCCUUAUGCAACCGUCUGUCCCGCUCCUUCCUGUCCAGAAGCAACAUCAGCGUGGCACGCAGCGAUGAUACGCUGGAUGAGGAAGACUCCUUUGUGAUGAAGGCCAUCAUUCAUGCCAUAAACGAUGACAACGUUCCUGGUCUGCAGCAUCUGCUCGGCUCCUUAAACAGUUACGACGUCAACCAGCCCAACAAGCAUGGGACUCCUCCGCUCCUGAUUGCAGCCGGUUGUGGCAACGUCCAGAUCAUCGAGGUACUGAUGAGAAAAGGUGCAGACAUCCAGGCCCACGACAAGAGCGGAGCCAAUGCCAUCUACUACGCAGCGAGACACGGCCAUGUCGAGACCCUGAAAUUCCUCCAUCAAAAGAAAUGUCCUCUGGACGUCCAAGAUAAGUCUGGAGAGACUGCUCUACACGUGGCGGCUCGCUAUGGCAACGUGGAUGUGGUGACCUACCUGUGCAGCAUCCGGGCCAACCCGGACCUGUGUGACCGGGAGCAGGAGACCCCGCUGCACUGUGCCGCCUGGCACGGAUACUCCGCCGUGUCCAGAGCUCUCUGCCAGGCCGGCUGCAAUGUGGAUGCCAAGAACCGCGAGGGAGAGAGUCCGCUGCUGACGGCCUCUGCUCGGGGCUUCGUGGACAUCGUGGAGUGCCUGGUGGAGCACAGGGCCAAUUUAGAAGCAACUGACAAGGACGGCCACACGGCCCUCCACCUGGCCGUACGGCGGUGUCAGGUUGAAGUCAUUCGCUGCCUCCUCAGACACCAGUGCCAUGUGGACACGCAGGAUCGCCAUGGAAACACACCGCUGCACAUCGCCUGCAAAGAUGGAAACCUGGCAAUCGUCACAGCCAUCUGCAGCGCCAAGGCAAGCCUGGACCUCCCCAACAAGCACGGCAGAACCCCCCUUCACCUGGCUGCUAACAACGGGAGCCUCGAGGUGGUGCGACAUCUCUCCCUGGCUGGAGCCAACAUCGAUGCGGUGACCAGCGAGGGGAAGUCUGUGGAGGACCUGGCUUCCGCUAAUCGCCAUGAACCUGUGGUUUCUCUGUUGGCCAAGCUGAAAAAGGACAACCACAAACUGAGCUACAUCCAGCAGCUGCGGCCGACCCAGAGCGUCCAGCCCAGGAUCAAGCUGAAGCUGUUCGGACACUCGGGAGCCGGGAAGAGCUCGCUGCUGGAGUCGCUGAAAUGUGGGAUCCUGCGCAGCUUCUUCAGGAGGAGGAGGACGCGCAUGACCAAUGCGGCCCGUCACCCCAACUCCCCCGUCAACUCCAAGCCAGCAGUGUCUGUGAGUAUUUCCAACCUGUAUCCGGGCUGUGAGAACGUGAGCGUGCGCAGUCGCAGCAUGAUGUUCGAGCCCAGCCUCACUAAAGGCGUCCUGGAGGUCUUCUCCCCCGUCCACAGCGCUCUGUCCACGGCUGACGAACAGGCCACGAAGGCCAUCGACAUCCAGCACGCCAGCAUCCACGGCGUGGGGGAUUUCAGCGUGUGGGAGUUUUCGGGGAACCCCGUCUACUACUGCUCCUACGACUACUUCGCCGCCAACGACAUCACCGCCAUCCACGUGGUCCUGUUCAGCCUGGAGGAGCCGUAUGAGACGCAGCUGGGACACAUCACCUACUGGCUGAACCUCCUGAAGGCGCUCACGCUGCCGCAGGACAACAUCGCUUUCGGAGGUCGGAUCCAGCAGCCUCUCGUGGUCGUCCUGGUGGCGACGCACGCUGACCUCGCUGACGUGCCCAGAGCUUUCUCUGGAGAGUUCAGCUACGACAAGGAGAGGGCGCUUCUCAAGGAAGUCAGGAACAGGUUUGGGAACGAUCUGCAGGUCAGUGACAAGCUGUUUGUGAUGGACGCUGGAGCCUCAAACUCAAAAGACAUGAAGCUGCUGAGGAGCCACCUGCAGGAGCUUCGGUCCAACAUCAUUACUAGGUGCAGCCCCAUGACGCUGCUGUCAGAGCGCCUGCUCAACAUCCUCCCCACCUGGAGGAAGAUGAGUGGACCCAACCAGCUGAUGUCGUGGCAGCAGUUUGUCAGCGACGUCCAGGAGCACAUCAACCCUCUGGUCAGCCAGGAUCACCUGCGCACGCUGGCCCUGCAGCUUCACAGCAUGGGGGAGAUUAACAUCAUGCAGAGUGAGACGGUUCAGGACGUGGUUCUGUUGGAGCCUCGCUGGCUCUGCAGCAACAUCCUGGGCAAGCUGCUGUCAGUGGAGACGCCCAAAGCCAUCCACCACUACAGGGGCCGCUACAGGACGGAGGAGGUGCAGGCCUUGGCCCCCGAAAGCGACGUGGACGAGCUUCUGCAGAUUCUGGACGCCAUGGACGUCUGCGCGCGCGACCUCACCAACCCCUCCAUGGUGGACGUUCCCGCGCUCAUCAAGACCAACGGCCUCCACCGCUCCUGGACUGAGGACGAGGAGGAGGAGUCGCUGAUCUACGGUGGGGUACGGCUCGUCCCUGCCGAGCACCUCACCCCCUUCCCCUGUGGCCUGUUUCACAAGCUGCAGGUGAACCUAUGUCGCUGGAGCCACCAGCAGAAGCCCGAGGAGGAGGGCGGGGACGACGUCGACGGGGACAUCCACCUGUGGACCAACGGGGCCAAGGUGAGCCAGGGGGGAGUGGAGGCCAUGAUCCUGCUGGUCAACCACGCGCAGGGGGUGGAGAUCCAGGUGCGUGGGCACGACUCGGAGCGGGCCAAGUGCUACACCCUGCUGGACACCAUCUGCAGCAUCACGGAGAACCUGCUGUCGUCCACCCUGCCCGGACUGCUCACAGCCAAAUACUGUCUGAGUCCUCAGCAGCUGCGGGAGCACCACGCCCCCAUCAUGAUCUACCAACCCAAAGAUUUCUUCCGGGCCCAAAUCCAGCGGGAAACCUCGCUCACCAACACCAUGGGCGGCUACCGGGAGAGCUUCAGCAGCAUCCUGGCCUUCGGCUGCGCUGAGGUUUACCAGCAGGGGAUUCUGGGAACAGACGUCCACAUAUCAGACGUCCCCCUGUUGGCUCGUAGGAAGCUCUGCCGUUUGCUGGAUCCCCCUGACGCUCUGGGGAAAGACUGGUGCCUGCUGGCCAUGAACCUGGGCCUUACAGACUUGGUGGCCAAGCACAGCAACGGGACCCCAAACGGCACCGCUGAGCUGGACUCGGACACAGACGCCCGGCGGGCGGCGCUGCCGCCCAGCCCCACGGCGGCGCUGCUGCGGGAGUGGAGCGGGCGGCCCGGCAGCACGGUGGGGGUCCUGAUGACCAAGCUGAGGGAGCUGGGCCGCCGAGACGCGGCCGACUUCCUCCUCAAGGCGUCCCCCGUUUUUAAGGUCAGCAUGGAGGCGGUGGGAGGAGCCGCCAGCAGCCACCCCCCCACCUGCAACGGGGGCACGUCGUACAACUCCAUCAGCUCCGUCAUAUCCCGCUGAACUGAACAGGGUCGGCUGCUUCCCGUCCAGCGCCAGACGUGUGGUCUGAUUGGGACGUGUGUGUGUGUGUGUGUGUGUGUGUCUGUGUGUCUGUGUGUCUGUGUGUCUGUGUCUGUGUGUGUGUGUGUGUGUGUGUGUGUGUGUGUGUGUGUGUGUGUGUGUGUGUGUGUGUGUGUGAGAAUAAGGAUGAAGUGCAAUCGUUACCAGUGUCCAGCUGCUCGCUCUUUAAUCACAGUUGACAUAUAGACCAGAUGUUGUGUUGUGCUGUCCACCUGUGCAGCUGACUUUUCCCUUCUUGGUGAAUGUUGUGAUAGAACUGAACCCAAUCUCCAAAGAGGAACCUGUGCUUCUCGUCUGCUCUGGACUUCAUUGUGCUGCUUUCUAUUUUCCCCACUCAGUCUCACUCCUGUUACAGCGAAGCUUUUUAAGAAGGAAAGGUGUUUGAUGACUCCUCGUGUUUGGACCUUUUUGAAAUUUACAAACAAACUAAGGACUUGGUUCUAUCUGUGCACCUGUAGGACUCUGGUUAUUGUUCCAUCCAUUAGAGUUCAAUUUGAUCAUCUCUCCCUUUUUGCUCCUGUUUACCGGACAUUCGGCCUUUCACCUUAGUGUUUCAUGAAUCAACAGCAUUUUUUCAGAGUGCCUUUGUGGCCUUCUACCUCCCUAGAGAGCACAAACAGUCUUGUUUCCAAACCUUUGAAGAACUGUGCCUUGUUCACAUGAAUAGUAAAAUGAUUUUCAGUCGAGCUCAGAGCAGCAACCAGCAACAAACAGGAAAGUCAGAAAAAACAAGCUCGACUCAUUUUACAAGUUUUGAGUUUAAAAUUUUGGGCAAACAAAAGCUUAACACAUCUGAAAUCAGAUCACUGGACUCCUGAUGCGUUCUUAAUGCCUGGAGACCAAACCUUGGGUCUUCUCUCAUAUCGUGGGGUUGAUGUAAUGUCAUGAGGCGCCUGUAGAUGCCGUUGGAGUGUGAAUUUUUCCUUCAGCCAAUUGCAAAUAAUCUAAGGGUGUAAUGUUGACUGACAGACAGAAAAUCUACCUGGGUACAAACGAGAGCCUAAAUUACUGUUGUAGUUAUUUAAUAAUGGAUAAAUAUCCAGAAAUGAAAUCACUGCAGUAUUACUGGUUCCUUUUUUUUGCUGAACCAUUUGUUGUGACUGGUGUUUUCCUUGUAAGACCUGUAUCAUAAGAUGCUAAAGCUGCUGCAACAGUUCAGCCCGGUUUUACUCGCUAAGCAGUUACCUAUUACCUGUCCUGAACCCAGAACACAGAGCUCAACACCUUUUGAGCUCAGUUAGUCAUUUUGCAUCUCUGCCUGACCUGCUGUGUGUUGAUUAUAAAACACUGCAGGUUAAUCUGACAGGAAGUUGGAAUGAAGUGAAUACUGUCCCCAGUUCCCCGGUGAUGAGCACGUUGCCUCCAGCAAACCUCCAGGAUGAACCCACCGGUCCUUGGAACCUGUACAAUAACUAUGAACUCUAAAUGUUUUUACCAUUAGCACGUGCGCUGAAAGGGACCCGACCUGUUGAGUGAUGACGCUGAUGCUGCUCAGUCCUGCACAGUCCUUGAAACAACAUACAGACGGAUGAGUUUUCUGACAGCUCCUUCUUGCGUUCCAGCCUGCGCUGCAGCUUUUUAAUGCUUCCUUUGCAGCUUUUCUGCGUCGCGGCCAGAGUGGGACGUGCGUCUCUCGUGUCGCUGCCUCGCGUGGCUUCUCGCCUCCUUUCACUUUGUCUUUCGAUAACCUGCUCGCUCAGCAGAAGCAGAGAAGGUGUUCAGACGUUGUUGUUAGUGGAGUUGAACAAAAGGCCAAAGGCGUCUGGAGGAACAAAGUGAAAACGUGUUUCUGUCACCAGUGUUAACGUGAAAUAAAACCUUCUUCUUCUCUAAGUUGCCAGUGGACACAGCAAACGUUCAGCCGAGGCCUGUUUCCUCCUCUUCACUCAUCUUUUCAACCAGGCAACAUGAAUGUGCUCCAGGUCGUUCCUAAAAAGAAACAAGACUCAUUUAAAAAUCAUGAAAUAAUUCAACUGCUAGAAAUAUUUUUAUUCUCUCAUUUUAUUCCAGGGUUUUCUCUCAUUUUUAAUUGUUCAUGUGAUAUUUUUGUCCAUUCACGAGCUGAGGAGACAUUUGAGAAACAGAAGGAAAUGUGUUUUUGAAGAGUCACUUUUUUAUAUAAAGGUUCAGAAUCAUUAGGAAAUAAUCAAGGUGGAUUUUAAGUUUCUUCCUGUACGUUUGUUUGAAGAGAUGAACCCGACCCCACUUUUCGCUCAGAGACUCCGGUCUGAUCGCCACGUUGCACAAGUCUUAUUGUUGCUAUUUAUGUUACAGUACAUUCUUGCAUGUCCUGGAAUGUUCUUAGUUCUUCUGACACUUUAUAGUGUAACACAUUUUAUAAUAAAUUCUUUACCUAA